AUGCAACGUCAUGUUCUGCGCGUCUUCCUCGCCAUCGCGCCGCAGACAAAAUUUAUAUCCAACACCACACAGUUCACAAUGCCCAAGGCCCCAGGCCCAAUUCUGCGAGCAUGGUACGAAUGGCGGAUGAAGCGCUUCCCAUGGCGCAAGAAGUGGCUUGUCGGCUUCGAUCUCCAGGGCAACACAUUCUGGGAAUUCAAGGACCAACUGCACGCACUGCGCAAUCGCCGCAUAGCAAAGUAUAGCAGAGACACCCACUAUGGCGAUGUCAAUGUGUCCCCGUCAUGGAUGCAAUGGCUCCGCCACACCCGCUUCGACCCACCAUCCAUCGCCGAGCAACAGCAGGAGAUAAUGCGACAAGAGCGCAUGAAGAUGCUCGCCGCCCAAGCAGAUGCGCGUUGGGCAUCUAAGCCGUCAGCGCUGGAUGCGCCCGACAAGCAGCAGCCCAUGCAGAUGCUACAGUCAAGAGACCCAGAUAGCGGAGUGACUCAGAUGAACGUUGACCAAGAAAGAAGAGAUGAAUUAGAGCCGCCGCGCACUGUAGAAGAGCAGGAAGCGAAGCCGCAGUCAGUCGUUGAGGACCCUGAACCACAGCAGAUGCCACGCGACCCACCAGCGCCGCCCGCGAGCGAUGCGCCUACUGCACCGCGGAAGAAGCCGAAGAAAGAGCACAAAGACUCGCCGUGGAAGCAGGCAGAGACCGCCAAAGACUGGCAACCGCAGGGCUGGACUCCCGCGCCGAGGAGAUAAUACCUGUCAUGCAAAUUCGACUUGUAACAACAAUGUAUUACCUUGUGCAAUUCUCGC